AUGGCGUCUUCCAACAAUGUUACCCCAACCAACUGUAGUUGGUGGCCCAUAUCAGCUAUGGACGAAGACGACAAAAUCACUGACGGGGAGGAAAACGAAGAACCAGUAGCAGAAUCCAAACCCAAUUUUUCUAAAGACAGGCUCGUUCUGUACCAUUGGACGCAGUCAUUCAGCUCUCAAAAGGUGCGGCUGGUCAUCAACGAGAAGGGCCUGCUGUGUGACGAGAGGGACGUGAGCCUGCCCCUUACCGAGCACAAGGAGCCCUGGUUCAUGAGGCUCAACCUGGGGGAGGAGGUGCCCGUCUUCAUCCACGGAGACACCAUCGUCAGCGACUACAACCAGAUCAUCGAGUAUCUGGAGACCAACUUUGUAGGAGAAGCUGUGGCCCAGCUGAUUCCAGACACGGGCUCAGCCCUCCAUGAGCGUGUGCAGCAGUACCGGGAGCUGCUAGACGGCCUGCCCAUGGACGCCUACACCCACGGCUGCAUCCUCCACCCAGAGCUCACCACCGACUCCAUGAUCCCAAAGUACGCCACAGCUGAAAUACGUAGACACUUGGCCAAUGCCGCCUCUGAGUUGAUGAAGCUGGACCACGAGGAAGCUCAGUUGACAGAGCCGUACCUUUCCAAGCAGAAGAAACUCAUGGCAAAAAUAUUGGACCAUGAUAAUGUGAACAAUCUGAAGAAGAUUCUAGGGGAGCUCGCUAUGGUUCUGGAUCAGGUAGAAGCUGAACUAGAAAAGGGGAAACUGGAGUAUGAAGGUCAAAAGUGUGAGUUAUGGCUUUGUGGACCUGAAUUUACACUUGCAGACAUCUGCCUCGGAGCCACAUUGCACAGGCUUAAGUUCCUGGGACUUUCUAAGAAAUACUGGGAGGACGGCAGCCGACCCAACCUGCAGUCUUUUUUUGUGCGUGUGCAAAAACGCUACGCUUUCCGCAAGGUGUUAGGCGACAUCCACACUACUCUGUUGUCGGCAGUUCUACCCAACGCAUUCCGGAUGGUAAAAAAGAAGCCUCCAUCUUUCUUCGGGGCCUCUUUCCUAAUGGGCUCGUUGGGCGGGAUGGGGUACUUUGCCUAUUGGUUUUUAAAAAAGAAAUACAUGUAGUAAAUGCCCUCUUGU